AUGCAGUGGGAUGUCACUGUCAGUGUACGCCUAGCCAUCCCGCCCAUAGGAAGCACUACGACCUACCUAUACGGAAUCGAAUAUGACGAUGCGGCAAGAGGGAAGCACGAGGGGGUGUAUGAGGGAAAGCAGCUGUUUGAGCCGCGGCAGAAGGGGAAAGGGGCGGGGGCGUUCCUCCUUAGUCCGAAAGACCUAAGGAGGGGGUCUACGUUCGCCGAGGCGCUAUCGGAGCGGUAUGGUGUGGACAUACCGGGUAGCCCGAGAGUGGUCAAGCCGGCGGAAGGGGAGAAGGCGGUGGUAGGGGAGAAGGGCAUCACGUUGGGCUCAACGGGGAUCGUUGUUCAGGCGCCAGGGAUCGAGGAGGUGCAGAAGCGUCUGGGGAAGCUGGGGAGAUUGCAGAGUAUAGGGCUGGAAGGGUACAAUGUGUGUAAGCUGGGUGGGAACGAUGAGACCAAGGCUUUCUUGAGGGAGAACCUGACGUCACUGACGACACUCGACGUGUCCAAUAACCUCCUGACGUUCUGGUCAGAUGUCGCCGAUAUAGUCUCUUGUAUCCCCUCGUUGCGCAAGAUCGUUCUGAACAACUCGCGUAUAGAGCGGCUUACCCGACGCCCACAUGAUCUGGGAAAGGAGGCAGAGAUACGCGAAGCGCUAAGGAAUAUCCGGGAAAUGGAGAUCUGUAACUCGUACUUGUCCUGGUCCGAUGUCAUGGUCAUUGCGCCCUUCCUCCUGCAUCUCCAGAGGCUCGACCUGGUCGAUAACGCCCCUCUAAGUACACUGGAGCCAAUGCGGUCCGAUCAUGGCGUUCCCGUCCUGCUCGAGCUGAGAUACCUGAACCUGUCAGGUUGUGCGAUAGCGGAUUGGGCAGCUCUCAUGGGGAGUUUGAUACCGCUCAAGAAACUCGAGACGCUCGAUGUCUCCAACACCCCUCUCCAAUACAUCCCACCCCCUCCACCAUCGCACGCAACCGUCAAUUUACCUCAUCUCAUCCUUCUAUCAUCUCCGAUCCUCGAUUGGACCUCCAUCGACGCCUUACAUCAAUGGACAGGCGAAAACCUCACCUCUCUCAAAUUCUCCCUCUCUCCUCCGUCCAAGUCCGAACACGACGCACCCGCAGACGAUGCUGGUCCAGCACGACGUCUCUCGGGGGACCAAGCGGCGGACCGCUCCAUCCUCAUCGCCAAGCUCCCAGCACUCGAGAUGCUCAACUCUUCGCCGGUCAAGUCGGCGGAAAGGCGCGAUGCCGAGAUGGGUUAUAUCAACAUGGUGGACCGGCUCGUCGCCGCAGGGAAGGGCAAGAAGGAGGACUGGGCGCGAUAUGACGAGUUGAAGCGGAUACAUGGGGUUGAUAGCGCGCCGGCGCAGGUAGUAGACCUCAAGAAGAGUCAUCUUCGAUCAAGGCUCUACGGAACUUUCGAGCUCGCCACUACCAUCUCCGUUCUCCCUGCUUCCCCGAUGGCCCUGCUCCGAAAGAAGAUACAUCGUGCGCUCAAGCUGGAUGCUAGCCAGCAAGUGGGGAUAUGGACUGUCAGUGAUAAGUUUGACGAAGGGGUUAGGGGGAUGGCGGUUGAGGUGCCGGAUGGAGAGACGGUCGGGUGGUGGUUUGGGGACGGGGAUGAGAUUAUUGCGCAGAUUUAG